AUGGCGAGCUUGAGAGGGAGCUUUCGCGCCCUCUCAUGGGCUAAUCAUUUAUUAGCACACCAGCGCCCGUCGUGGAAAUGCGCCUCGUGCAAGAUCCCUCGUUCGGCGGUCUUACGAUCUCCCCGUCGAUAUGCGACCACCUCCGCGGCCCCAAAAAAGCCGUACUACGUUACGACGCCGAUAUUCUACGUUAAUGCUGCCCCUCAUGUUGGUCAUCUAUACACAAUGGUCAUAGCGGACGUCCUCAAACGAUGGAGGGCUGUUCUCGGCGAAGAAGGAGCACAAUUGCUCACCGGAACAGAUGAGCAUGGAAUGAAGAUCCAACAAGCCGCCCAGGCCGCCGGGAUAGACACCCAAGCCUUUUGCGACAGGAACUGCAAGACAUUCAAGGACUUGGCUCAAGCUGCCGACCUAGAUCAUGACCACUUUAUCCGGACCACCGAUGCUUCACACAAGCAAGCCGUUCAGUACUUCUGGGAAAUGUUGGAAAAUCGAGGCUACAUAUACACUUCGAAGCAUGAGGGAUGGUACUCUGUUAGCGACGAGACUUUCUACCCGCAGUCGCAAGUCCAUCUGGCCUUGGACCCUGCUACCGGGCGGAAGAGGAUGGUUUCCAUCGAGACAGGCAAAGAGGUCGAAUGGUCUUCGGAAACGAACUAUCACUUCCGUUUGUCAGCGUUCAAGGACCGCUUGCUGGAACUGUAUGAGACUGGUUUCAUCGCACCGGAACAUUACAAAGACCGUGUGGUGCAAGCAGUGACCUCCGGACUCACUGAUCUAUCAAUAUCACGGCCAGUUGAACGCUUGACCUGGGGUAUUCCAGUUCCAGGGGACGAUUCGCAGACCAUCUAUGUCUGGCUCGACGCGCUCGUCAACUACCUGACAAAGGCCGGAUACCCAUUCCCUCCAGGUGAGGGCGCUCGUCUCGGCUGGCCUGCAGAUGUGCACGUUGUCGGAAAGGAUAUUGUUAGGUUCCACUGUGUGUACUGGCCGGCCUUCCUGAUGGCGCUCGAUCUUCCCCUCCCUCGGAACGUGCUCGUGCACGCCCAUUGGACGAUGAAUCGGGAGAAGAUGUCGAAGUCGACGGGAAACGUGGUGAACCCGUUCUUUGCCAUUGACCGGUUUGGAGUAGACACAAUGCGCUUUUUCUUGGCUCACCAGGGUGGCUUCGCGUCAGACGCGGACUAUGAUAACGCCCAUAUCAUCCGGGAUUACAAGAAAUACCUCCAAAAGGGGAUCGGCAACAUUGCCCAUCGAACCAUCGGCUGCUCCAAGGGCAAAUUGCGGACCUACAUCCUCAAUGCCACAUCGGGCACUUCCCCCGCGUCUCCCGCCGAUAAGACAUACCAGUCUGUGCUCGAGAAGCUCCCAACCAGGGUUUCGGAGCACAUGGAGAAACUCAAUCCACGUUCUGCCAUUCAAGAAAUUAUGGCUGUAGUGUUGCAGACCAACAAGUACUUCUCCAACUCGGCGCCCUGGUCGGACCCAGAGGAGAAGCAGCGCGUGCUCUACAACGUCGCGGAGUCGAUGCGGAUCACGGGGAUCCUGCUCCAGCCAUUCAUGCCCACCAAAGCCAAAGAGAUCCUUGAUGUUUUCCGCGUCGAUACCUCGAAACGGAAGCUCUCGGAUGCAAGUUACGGGUCAGACGCGGGUUACGGCGAGGGCAUCGAGAAGAAAAUCAUCUUUCCCCCUCUCGUAAGUGAGGAAUAG